AACGGGAUACGAACUCUUAAGCAUCUCAAAGCUAUCAAAGCACUUUCGUUGGCAAAUAAACAUGACACAGUCUUCUCUAUUAGGAGAACUUGAGGUUGAAGUCGAGAUCAAAUCUCCCGCGGAGAAGUUCUACCACAUGUACGCCGGAAGACCGCAUCAUGUGGCCAAAGCCACUCCACGCAAUGUGCAGGCAUGUGAUCUGCACGACGGAGAAUGGGGCGAAGUUGGCAGUAUUAUAUUUUGGAACUACGUUCAUGAUGGACAAGCCAGAGUGGCGAAAGAGAGGAUCGAAGUGGUGGAGCCUGAGAAGAAAAUUGUGAAGUUUAGGGUUUUAGAGGGAGAUCUGAUGGAAGAGUUCAAGAGCUUUGUGAUUACGAUUCAGGUAACCCCCAAGCAAGGAGGAAAUGGAAGUAUUGUGAAGUGGCACUUCGAGUAUGAGAAGAUUGAUGAGAACAUUUCUCACCCUGAGACUUUGCUCCCUUUCUUUGCUGAUAUGAUCAAAGAGAUCGACGAACACCUCUUGUCCGAGGAAUAGAGGAGAAAUUCUUGUUUUUUCCUCCGUACGUUUUAUAUAAUUUUCAUGUUUGUGUCAAUAACUGUGUUCUCUCUCAAGAUUAAGAUAAAAUGUCUGCAAGUUAUAUAAAUGAUAAUGAGUCGAUGUUAUGUUUUAUGUUGUAAGUUGCAAAUAUGUAUUUUAGCAAAAAAAAAAAGUUGCAAAUAUGUAACUUUUAAGUG